AGAGAAAGAUUAAAUGCCGAACUGGAUACAUUAGCCAGUCUCCUUCCAUUUGAGCAAAGUGUCCUCUCCAAAUUAGACAAGCUCUCCAUUCUCAGGCUCAGUGUCAGUUAUCUUCGAACCAAAAGUUACUUCCAAGCUGGCUACCCGAGCUAUUUCUCUGAAUGUGAAAAGGAAAUUGCAGUGAAAUCAUGUGUUACUUCAGGAAUGAUAAAGAAAGAUGAAGAAAACAAUAUUUCAAAGUCUAAAGAAGAAAGAAAAAGAUUGAUGUUAUUAUAAGUACUGAAGAACUGCAUAGGUACAGUUGAAAUACUUAACAUUAAAAAAAGAAAAACAGAUGCUAAUUUGAGUUACUUCUCUCUAUAUCUUUUAUAUUGGAAAUAAUAUUAAAAUGAAAUCCUGCUGCUCACGAAAUAUUAAAUCAAGAAGAAGAAGAGAGCACUAAGAAAAAGAAAAAUCUUAAAACAUCUAAAAUUAAGAAAGAAAGAUAAGACUGAAUUCGAGCUGAUUUUCUAGAUAUUUUCUGCAUUUGAGAAGCUACUUAAAUAAAAUCAUUUGCAUAAUUAGAAUCAAUGGAAUAAUUUUGAUUGUCCACAAAGUUUCAAAUCAAGAUGAAGAACUAAGUAUUCAGAAUAUAGAAGAAAAAAAAUUUUUUUAAUACUUUAUGCUAAAUAAGAAGAAUAAAAGUGAUUUAUCUGUUUAAAAGUCUGCACGUAUGAAGCAAAAAAGGAGCAAUUAAUUUUUAUAUUUUGGUCUUGUGAAAAUGCCAAGAGAAAGAAGAGAAAAACAAUCAUUUUAAAAACCAAGAAAAAUGCUCGUUGCAAGCAGAAAACUGACUUAAAAGCAAAUGCAUUAAAAAUGGUUUUGGUGUUCAGAUGUUUAUGAAAGAAGGACUGAUGUUAUGACUGAAGGAAAUGACUGCAGAAAAAAAAUGAAGAGAUAGCAAUAAACAAAACUAUUAUGUCUUCUUUUCGAUGCUAGCUCUCAGGAGGGAAAAAGAGACUCAACCUCCAGACCUCAAACCAAGAGACUUGCUUUACUCUGAGAUGCUUAUGGAAGGAGAUCUCAUUUUACAGGCAUUGAAUGGAUUUCUAAUGAUUCUCACCUGCGAUGGAGAGGUGUUUUACACAUCGCACACAGUCGAAACGUAUCUCGGCUUUCACCAGAGUGAUAUUUGUCACCAAAGCGUGUAUGAACUUGUCCAUUCUGAAGACAGAGAAGAACUGCAGCGUCAUUUGAUGUGGAACUCGCACUUGCCUCCGGAGAGGACAGACCUCAAUCUACAACAAACACUAUCAGCAGAAAAUUCUCAUCUGUUGGAAAGAAAUUUCACAGUGCGUUUUCGAUGUCUCUUGGAUAAUACUUCUGGCUUUCUGCGUUUGGAUAUUAGAGGUCGCAUAAAAAUAUUGCAUGGUCAGAAUAGGAAAACUGAGGAACCCCCUCUAGCAUUGUUCGCAGUGUGUACACCUUUUGGUCCUCCGUCUCUGCUGGAAAUGCCGCAGAAAGAUUCCAUGUUCAAGAGUAAACAUAAGCUUGAUCUAUCUCUAGUCUCUAUGGAUUCAAGAGGAAAACAGCUUUUGGGUUAUACAGAUUCAGAGUUGGCAAAUAAAGGAGGCUAUGACCUAGUCCAUUACGACGACCUUGCUUAUGUUGCUAGCGCACACCAAGAACUUUUAAAAACAGGUGCUUCUGGUUUAAUAGCGUACAGGUUGCUUGGUAAAGACGGAAAAUUUCAAUGGCUACAAACAAGUGCUAGGUUGGUUUACAAAAACAGUAAACCGGAUUUCAUUCUUUGCACACAUAGGCCUUUAAUGGAAGAAGAAGGCAGAGAUCUAUUAGGAAAACGAACAAUGGACUUCAAAGUCACUUAUCUUGAUAGUGGAUUAGCAUCCAUGAAUGAUCGAAGCGGGAUGCUAGCUGACAGCGAUUUUAUUAUGCGAUGCCAACGCAAUCGACGAUACAAAUCACAAAUACGCGAUCUCUUGUCCGCUUCCUGUCGUAAGCGAAAAGUUCCAGGUACUGAUCCAUACAUCGAAGAAGCUACCUACAACAAUAUGUACACAUAUACUCCCACAGACAAUAUGAACGGUCUAUCUCCAUAUGUGGCAGCAGCAACAGCUGUUCCUCAAAAUAUUUUUACUGCAGCGAUAGAUAACAGUAGAUUUCUAUCAGCAGAAAACUUCCUACAUUAUCGACAUCUUGGGGGAUAUUAUCCUGAUUAUAGUCAUCACACGCAGUAUGCCAGCAAUGGAUUCCUGGACAUGGCAUCUGCGACAGCCAGGACAUGCUUUCCAACAUACCAAGAUGGAUCCCAGUUUCCAAAGGAGGAGAAAUAUUAUCCGUGUCAAUUAGACAGUACACCAAAGUUCAAUGGAGACGCACAUAGCCAGCAAAGACUAGUACAGCAAGUUGGGGGAGUAUCAAGUAGUAAACCAUCCUGUUGUGAAACUUACGCAGUAGCGGGUACAGAUUCUAGUGCUACAUUGAGAGGCUGCCUAAUGAGUGCCACAAGCGCAGGUAUACAGCCGCUGCUGUCAACUUUAGAUAGAGAACCCAAAAUAAGUGAUUUGGGUUGUCACAGUUUGAGUUUCUCACUACCUUCUGUUUCAUCCGAUUGCAUCAAUGUCAUUAAACCAAAAAGUUCACCUUUGCAGUCACACCUCAGGGAAUCACCUCAUCUGGUAUCGUCCAAAGAUAACAAGAGUACGCCAGACUAUGUGUCAGCAUUCAGCAAUGACACUAGGCAAAGUGUCCUCAUGUGGGGAAAUUCUCUAACGAGACAGUCUUCUAGUCACCCUAUGACAAGUUCAAUAUUUGAUACCAAACUUUGCAAGUACAGUAGUCACUUGGACACAGGUGUUAAAACUUCAGAUCUAGUAGGUGCCACAAGUGGAACUGCUUGUAAAUGGAGCGGUAAUGCCACUACACCAAAGUCAUCGUCACCUCACAACAGCACAAGCCCUGCUAGUGGGAAAGUAGCCCCAGCAGUCAGUUAUAGCAGUGCCACUUAUCAUCCAGAUAUUGUACAUGAGAUAGCCCUAGUGAAGAACGAAGUUGGGCGACCUGUCUCACAGAGGCUCAUCGGUAAUCCCUUACUCUCCAUCUCAGAAGUGACUAAUACUCUCCUCAACCAUGAAUAGAUUAAGAGAACAAUUCGAUUCUUAAUCAUGCACAGAUUGAGGAUUCUUCAGUCAGAAUUACAGUGAAACUUUCAAAUUUCUUUUUGUUGAUCAGAAUAUGUGCUAGAGAGAUUACCAGCCGUCACUCAAGCAAUUUUUUUUCACUAAUUGCGACAAAAACUAUUCGUAAGCAUGGUAUAUAAACUGCUCGUAACAAAAUAAUACCGAGCAGUUGACUGAAAUUGUAAAUCGUCAGCAUCUAUUUGUAAAUUUGAUUUUACUCUAUGGAAACUUCUAUAAAAUAAUCGAAAAAACUUUGCUGAAAAUUUUGUGAUAAUAUAAUAAUUCGUCGAGUUGGUAUGCUGAUGUAAGUGCGUAUUGUAUAUUGUCAGAAUGGAAGUAUGCGUGAGAUUACACCGCUAAUGAUUCGCUGUUACUUUAGAGAAUUUGUAAAAUAGAUAAAAAUGUUUCAAGUAUAUGCUUCUUUAUACUGAAUUAUUAAAUGACUGAUAUUAUGGAUAUUUCACAAAAAAAAACGAAUCAAAAAUGGAAUUUUUACAUAAUGUAGCCAGCCUUUGGAUUGCAACAAAGCGCAUAUGUUUUAGAAACAAAAUUUUAGUAUCAGUGAAAUAUUAUUAAUGAUAAUAGAUGAAAGAAAAAUUUGACGUGAAAAGUUUUAAAUUUCGUUAUGAUGUGUUUAAAUUCAAUUUUAGAAAAAUCCUAAAAUCUGAUAAAAUAUUUCCAAAAUACCAAGCUGAACAUUCUGAAAGCGUUUAUUAACCUUCCAUCGCCGAAAAAGUUUUGAAAGGUUAAAUUUAUAAACAAGGGGAAAAAUCAAAACUAUCGGAAGCUUUCAGAAAAGUGUUUUAAAUGUUACGUAUUUUAUGUUUUCAUUCCAAAAAAAUGUUGUUUGUCUUCAACAAUAUUAUUUGUCAUGUUUUCGGGAAAUGCAUUUUCACUAAGGCAAAAAUGCUAAAGGUAAUCUUGAGAUGAAAUUGAAACCAUUUACAUUUUAGAAAUAGUGUUCACAAUUUGAAUCAAUGGUUACUACUUCAUUAUCAUUAAUUUAAGUGAAUUAAUUUAAUAUGCUGUCACUUAAACGAACUGAUGAUGAUGUAUUACUAUUUAUUAAAAAUAAAUAUUUCUGAAAGAAAUUCUAGAAAUGAUAAUGAAUCGCACCACUUACAUUAUUAUUAUUUUGUUUUAAGAUGUAAAACCGUUAUUCUUUUAGGUGACGGCAGUUUCAAAUAUGACUCUAAGGUAAAAUAAAAAAUUUAAGAUAAUUUUAGAUGAUUUAUAAGUUUUUUCUGAAGUGAAUUCUUUAAGGUCUAUAUAAAUUUGUAUCUCUCAAAAUGACACUGAAUUUGAAACUGCUUAAAAUAAAAAAUAAAAAAAAAUUAGUAUAAUUCCUGUUAAAAAUAUAUAAAAAAUAUGCACAGAAUUUGUUCUUGAAAAACGAUGCAUAAAAUAUGUAAUUAUAGAAAUAAUAAUAAAAAAAGCAAAUUUCUCAAUGAAAAAAUAUUGACAAAAAAUUGUUGCUACACAGUUAUGCAAUACCGGCUUAAAUAUCGUUUUUGGUACAUGAUCAAGAAUAAAAAUUGAGCAAUCUAUCUCAAAAUUGUCCUCACCUAACUUCAAAAUUGAACAUUUAAUCUAAUUAAACUAAUGUGGAAAUAAAUGGAUAUUACAAUACUGAUAUUUUAACUUUCUCUGUUUUAUUUUUUUUUUAAAAUCGCCAAUUAUUUGUGUAAAAUUUUCUAAAUUGUGCCCAUUAUUUGUUUUAAAAAUAUUAAACAAUCUUCUAGAAUCUUGAAAAUUAGUUGCAAAAUCAAGGGAAAUUUUAUUAAAUUAUCUAAAAAUUAUCCUAACAUAAUUCUUCCAGAUGUAAAUUCAUUACUUGAUUUUCAACUGUCAAAAGAAUCCAGACACUGAUUUAUAUCAAGUUAUAAACAAUUUUUAAAAGAAACUGAAUAAAAUACUAUUAAAGCCGUUUCUUAUUGAUAUUUUUGGUCAUAUUAUCAUAUUCAUAUCAACAGGUUAUUCUAAUUACUGGUUUGUGAGUGGCUAAUUUUAAUGCUUAACAUUCUCAUAGAAACGUAGAACAAUGGAGUUGCUCUUUAAAAAGUUUUGUUUUCCUCAUUUAAACUGUAAAAACAAGUGAUCUCAAAAAAUUUGGAAUGAAUUGGGAAUAGAAUGUAAGUAACUUCAUUUGAUGACUUGUGUAUUAGAAACAUUCUCCCUUAAGUCUUCAAGAGACGUUAUACUCAUAAAUGUACUAAAUGUAUGUUUAAAAUGUCAAAUAAAGGAAUUUUAUGUAUGUAUGUACUCGUUAAUGUGUAUUGACAUCUUCAAGAAAUGAUUUAAAAAACUCUGUUUUGCAUAAUGUAAGAAAUAGAAGAAUUUGCAACUAUAAUACUCCUUAAAUAAUGUAUAUAUUUUAAUGAU